AGACAAGAAAAACGACAGAGAAGUAACGAACAGAAAACUGGAAACAUGAAAUCGUUUGACAUUCCUCUCGCUGGCCUCUUCUUACUCUUAACUGUUCAGCUCAUGGGCACAUUUCCACUACAUAAUACAGCCUUAACAACCGACGACAUGGAUGUCUUAAAGCUUCUUCUACAACAACUUGAAGAGUCCAUUCCUGUUUCAUCUCAAGACCGAAAAGUGUCACAGGUGGACGAAAAGGUGGCUGAUCUUGAAGAAAUCCUCAUUCAACCUCAAACCAAAAUGGACAUGAGACAGCAUCUGUCUGCUCGGGACUUGAAGACAGUCCGACAGGACUCCAAGAGAUCCUCCGGGUGUUUCGGGCGCAGACUGGACAGAAUUGGGUCCAUGUCGUCUUUGGGAUGUAAUACUGUUCGGUCAAGUCCGAAAAGAAAGUGAUGUCUUAAUGAUUAGAGACUUCAAUGUCCUCAUCUAUGACAGCCUCCAAAAUUGUUCUUAACUAUGCAUAUUUGUAACAUAGGUCUAUUUAUUAAAUUGUUUAAAUAGUCGAAUAUAUAUUUAUGUGCAUCUUUAAUGUAAUUACUUGUAAAUCAUUCAUAUGUAAUUUCCUGCUUUAUUCGUAAUAAAUAUUUACA